AACGACGAACGCGAGGUAGUCUUUGUCCGUCCGCGCGUCAAGCCGGCAGGGAUCUUCGGGCGUCCAACUUCCGUUGGCUUUCUCGCGGCUUGGCCGAUUGAUCGGAGAUCUCGCGAUGCUGCUCUUCGUCGUGUGCCUCCUGCCUCUAGUGGCGAGUCUGCCGCUCGAUGGAGUCGCGGACAAAUACAUUCUGGACAUCGACAACGGCACCUUGAAGAAUGUCAGAUUCGCCGGUGAUUCCGUUGGGGAACUGAAUCUAUCGAAUGCGGGCAUCCGUGAGCUGGACAAGAACGCCUUCGACAACGUGCUCAGCGUGGAGUCGCUCGUGCUGUCCGACAACUCGCUCACCUCGCUGCCGGACUUUGCAUUCUCGAAUCUGACGGGGCUGAAGAGCCUGUCACUCGCCAACAAUCAGAUAUCGAGGGUGCGGAACCUGUUCAUCGGUCUAGAGAAUCUGGAGCGAUUCAACAUAUCCGGCAAUCCUAUCCAUCAUUUCUUCAGAGGCGAUCUGUUCGGUCUGACCAAGUCCACCCGGAUCUUCACCGACGCGAAUAUCCUGUGGAGCAUCAGCACGGGUGCGUUCGCCAAUUCCUUGCUCAAGAAUGCUGAACAGGUGACGCAACACGCGGCGCCAUACGAGAAUCAAGAGGUUGCCAAGAAGAAGCAAGAGAAAAAUGAAGAGACAGUCAUGAACGACGGGAACGAAGAGAGGACUCGCGAAACUGUCGACACUACGCAGAAAACUCACGCGAAGCUCUGCAUGUCCAACGGUAUCGUGACGUCAUUGGCGAACUUGCAGGAGAACGAGGAGCUCGUUGACGGAUGCGUGCAAGUCAACAUUCGGCAAUCGACCAAAACGGUGGAUCUGCACCAGCGUGAAAUCCGAGGUUUUCAAUCAGGCUGGUAUCAGUUGACACUGUCAGAUGUUGCGUCGCUGGAUUUGUCGAACAACGAAAUCGCCGAGAUCUCGGAAGAGAUAUUAAACGAUCUACCGGAGAAUGUGAAGUUGGUGAUACUCACGGAAAACAAGAUCCGUAGGAUCCCCAGCCAAGUGAUCAGGAAGGUACAUCCGUUUGAGCUCAUACUCAACAACAAUCCGAUUGAGGUGAUCGAGGAGAACGCGUUUGCCGACACGAAACUGACCGAGCUGUACCUCAAUUCUAGUCAGCUGGACAAUCUGGACUUCAUCGCCAGCCUGCCGGACACUCUGACGGUGCUCGUCGUGACGAAAACCCGCGUAAGCACCAUUCCCAACGGCGCGUUUGCCAAGUUCGACAAAUUGCUCUAUCUGGAGCUAACGAAUAAUCACAUCGAGGUCUUGCAAAACGGCGUCUUCCGGGGCUUAAAAUCGCUGGAUACACUAACGUUGACGGAGAACGGUCUCACGACGAUCGAGCCGGCCGCUUUCGAUGAUCUGCCGGCACUUCGUGUACUCAAUCUACAAAACAAUUCCAUCCACGAUCUGCGUAACGUCACCUUCGCCGGCUUGACGGCUCUGCAGGAGCUGGUGCUCUCCCAUAACAAGAUCGCACGACCUACGUUCACUGAUCUGCCCGACAGCCUGGACAAUCUGAAUCUUAUGUACAACGAGAUCGAGGUCCUCGAGCGGGGCGAUUUCGUCCGGGCACCCACGUCCACCUUGUUCCUGGAGAAUAAUAAAAUCUCCCGCAUAUCACGCGGCGCAUUCGACUUGCCCACCCUGAAACGUCUGCACUUGGUUAACAACAGUUUGACCACCAUUGACGGCGACAGCUACGAAGGCUUGGGCCAGCUGAGGAAUCUCUGGCUCUCGGCAAACCAGAUAUCCGAGAUCACUAAGGGCGCCUGCAAGAAUCUGGGUUCCCUUUACGUUCUGGACAUAUCCAGAAAUCCGUUUGAGAAACUGGAGAACGGUGCCCUUCACGGUCUCAACACCGACUUCGGUAGUAGUCUGUACGUCUACGAGAAUAAUCUCAAGGAGAUCCAAGGCGGCGUCUUCGACGAUGUUUGAAUCCUGGAUCCUUUGUUUACAAGGCUUUUGCAUGUAUAUAAUUGAUAAAUGAGAGUCCUUGGGAAAACGUUGAAAAUUGCCGCUUUCCAAUAUUUCUAGAGGAUAUAAUCUUGCUAAGAUUAAUAUGAGACGAUAUAAGAUGUAACAUACGAGAUAAGAUAAGUUGUGUAAGAUACACUAUCUAAACAAAUCUAAAUUAUUACGUGAGAUUAUAAUUGAGAACAUGAAAAGGAUGCGUUAAGUAAUCUGUUCUGAUGCAAGUAUUCAGUACUCGUCCCCGAUUGAAUAAAAUCGCUUAAUACGUACGUCCAUAUUUCAUAUGGAUAUAUGCAUAUUCUUACAUAUUAAUGCAUAUCCACGCCUUAACGUGUAUUUACUGCUAUUACUUAAAUUAGUCAUCUGUAAGAAUCGUGCACGUGCGUGCAUGUGAAACGAAAUAAAUAUUUAUCUCGAAUAUA